CGUGGGCUUAAGAAGUUGCCGCCUCCCAGCAAGAGAAUACAAAAUGUCUCUCCACAAACCUGCCAGCGACCCCCCGACGAAUUUGGGUGUCUAUCGCGUACUCUCGGCCCAAGCUGGCGUGAGGGUAUCCCCUAUCACGCUUGGUGCGAUGAGCGUUGGCGAUAAAUGGGAAGAACUGGGGAUGGGUUCGAUGAACAAGGAGUCCAGUUUCAAGCUGCUGGAUGCGUACUUUGAUAUGGGUGGAAAUUUUAUCGAUACGGCUAAUGGCUAUCAAGAUGGCUCUUCUGAAGAAUUCAUCGGGGAAUGGGCCGAGAAGCGAAGUAUCCGGGACCAGCUCGUCAUAGCAACGAAGUACACGUCGAACUACAAACGCGGCGACGAUUCAAUUUCCCAAAAAGUCAAUUAUAUUGGGAACAGCUCCAAAUCCCUAUACCUCAGCGUCGAGGCGAGCCUCAAGAAGCUCCGUACGGACUAUAUUGACAUACUCUACCUGCACUGGUGGGACUGGGAGACGUCUGUUCGCGAAGUAAUGGAUAACCUCCACCAUCUUGUCGCGCUCCGCAAAGUCCUAUAUCUUGGCAUAUCCGACGCACCCGCAUGGGUCGUAGCUCAGGGUAACCAGUAUGCAGUCGAUCAUGGGAAGACUCCGUUCGUUAUAUACCAAGGUCGGUGGAAUGUAAUGGAUAGGUCAUUUGAGCGGGACGUUAUACCCAUGGCGAGGGAAUUUGGGAUGGCGCUCGCUCCGUGGGAUGUACUCUCAUCUGGGAGAUUCAGGACGGAUGAGGAGGAGCAGAGACGAAGGGAGACUGGAGAGAAAGGGAGGACGAUAACUCGUCCGAACUGGGAGAGGACCGAGGUAGAGGUGAAGGUCUCUAAAGCGCUUGAGGUCGUUGCUAGUGAGGUUGGUGCUCAGGGAAAUAUCACUGCUGUCGCUAUCGCGUAUGUUAUGCACAAGGCCCCGUAUGUGUUUCCGAUCAUUGGAGGCAGAAAGGUCGAGCACCUCAAAGCGAAUAUUCAAGCACUGGGCGUUAGGUUGACGGAGAAACAAAUAGAAUAUCUCGAGAGCAUGGUACCAUUUGAUCCUGGAUUUCCAUCGUCGAUGAUUGGCGAUGGAACAACCCAUGGUAGGAUGUUGCAAGCUGCAGCCAAGAUGGCGAAGCUACCAAAGCUGCAACCUAUUCUACCUUGAGCAUUUGAGCGUUGAAGGAGAUCGGAUUAAACUGCUGUUCCUAUGCGAAAUGUCGACUCAUAUUUCUUCUCAUUUCUGUUGAAGAAAUCCUGGUAUUCUUGUAUUUUUAUGGAGUAUCAUUUGUGGUGGAGGACAUGCUGUAUAAAGAAGUGAAUAACUGAAACUAUACGCAUGCUCGAUGGUUAUUACAGGAACAAGUCCCACAGCACAAUUUGUUCUAGGAUAUAUCCAUACUUUCUUCCAGGACUGAAAUGUUUUGUCGCGGCAUCUGCUUUAACCUCCACCUUCAUUAAUAGCGUCUGCGUGCAUGAGGAAAC